ACGAUUUUCUUUUUACAUAACCAAAGGCGACGUUAACGCCCGGAACGAGAUAGCGUACUGACAAGCAGCUAAGCAGGUGACAACGAUGACGAUGAUCAUGAUGCAACGCUUUCUGCCAUUGAAUUCAUGCCCUCCUUCACUAACCAUUCUGAAUACCCACAUUCUUAAACCCAUUUUCUUGACCAGUCUAGAGCCCUUCGAGCAUAGCCCACUCAGGCGCCAUAUACUAGCCGAUGUUGACCACAAGUUUGCCAAUAAAAUCCCCAAUAAAUCCACUCAAUGGAUGGGAGUUCGUUUCAAGCAGGCAAUGGUGGCUUGCAGGAUUCCCACCAUGCCACUUGUUGCUGCUAAUGCAUUGCUAUUAUCAGCCCCAUUAGAAGCCAUAGCAGAAACAUGUGUGCCUGAUAAAUCUAGCUUCAACUUCAAUAUGCCAUUGCUUCUGUUGGUUUCCCUUAUUGGGGCAACUGUUGGAGGACUUCUUGCUCGGCAGAGACGAGGAGAACUUGAGAGAGUGAAUGAGCAGUUGAGGCAGAUAAACACUGCUUUGAGAAGGCAAGCUAAAAUCGAGUCUUAUGCCCCAAGCUUAACUUAUGCUCCCAUUGGUGGAAGGAUACCUGAAAGUGAACUGAUUGUAGAUCCUAGGAAGCAAGAAUUGAUUUCUCAUUUGAAAAAGGGAAAGAACUUUCUCAGAAAUCAAGCCCCUGAGAAGGCCUUUUCGGAGUUCAAAAUAGCACUUGAGGCUGCACAGAAUUUAAAGGAUCCAAUAGAGGAAAAGAAGGCUGCCAGGGGAUUAGGGGCAUCAUUGCAAAGGCAAGGUAAGUACCGGGAUGCAAUUAAAUACCACUCUCUGGUUCUGGAGAUUUCUGCAAGAGAAGGAGAGGAUUCUGGGAAUACUGAAGCCUAUGGAGCAAUUGCUGACUGUUACACUGAGCUUGGAGAUUUGGAGAGAGCUGGUAAUUACUAUGAUCAAUAUAUUGCAAGACUGGAGACAGAUUGACCUCUUCAUUCUAUUCCCAGUUUCACUGGAAUGAGUAGUAGAGAGUGCGGCCCCAUUGGAUCGCCCCCCCCAUUUUCCCAAUCGGCUUCUUGAGUAUUUGACGACUUCCCCCCUUUACCUGGUGCUUGUGCUCCAUUUCCCUCGUGGAAUAAAAGUGUUGUAUAGUGUAUACAAUAUAGUUUGUUUGGCCAAAUGUAAUCAUAAGAAGCAGGUAGCUGACACCAAGCGAUGUCCUCUUUCAAAUGCUUUAUGGUCUUUAGAUCUGGCUGUUCUCUAACUGUUGUACCUUCUUAAGUGGAAUAACAAUGUUUUUGUUCUUUUGUUCAUUCUGAAAGUUAAUACAUUGUAGAUGGAGACCAAUGGUUAGGUUGGACACAAAAGACACACAGUUCUGAUCCCCCAUUUGUAAGAACC